GCAACUAACGGCCAUCGCAGUUCUAGAAUGGACUUCCCCCAUCGGACUGUAACCUCCACCAUCAUGUCUCUCCCGUUCCUCGCGCGGCCAAUCAGCUAACACCAGCGGCAGGGCCGCUCGACCUCCGACCUUGCUGCACAGUUCUCGAAAUAUACUCGUCGUCACCAGUGUCACAACAAUGAAACGCCCCUUUUGCAAGCCCCGAGCGUGCGCCUACACAACGUGCCCCAAGAGCCACAACACAAGCACAGAGACGCCCAAGGGAGGCCUGGGUCCUGUCGCCUGGCGGAGACUCUGGAAGGAGGCGGGGAGGCGCAACUCCGAGACGUGUUGUCGGCACGGCAUUGAUGAUAUUAAGAUAGAGUUAUGUCGCAGCUGUUUCCCUCUCCCUUUCGAGAUGAACUCCUGUCCUGUUUCCCGCCGAUCUAGAGCUGCUGACUGGCUCCCAACAUAGCCCCCUGCUUCCUCUCUCGCGGUAGCUAGCCAUCAUGUCGCGAUUGUGUGGUAUGCGCCCUGAAGGGCUGACGGUGGAUUCGAGGUUCAGCCCUCUUCCGUCGAUGUGUUUCUUCGAUACCAUCAUCAUUCCUUUACCGGCAUGGAUUCGUCUUACAGUCACUUUCGCCCUUUUCCACUUCAUCGUGCCGGUCCUCAUCGUCGACAAGAUCAAGCGGUAUACCGUUAAGAAGGAAUGGCAGAGGCACGCUCAACUAUCCGUCUACUUCUUCUCCAUACUCGUCGUCUUCCUGAUGGAGAUUAUGGAAAUUGCCAGACUCGCAGAGAUUCGCUAUGCCAUUGGCCUUCUUCCCUUCGUCUUCGCAGGCUGCGGUGUAUGCGCAGUCAUGCAGGCCACCCGCGGCAUCAAGGGCAAGAUUCGCAACUGGCAGGUGGCCAACAUCAUCUUCUGGCUCAUGAGCAUCGCCGUCACCAUUAUCAAGAUCCUCACGAUUCAGCGCUCCAGCAUGCGAUUCCCAGAGUUCCGCCGAAUGGGAACUGACUAUCCGACGACCCACCAGGUGCAGGACUUGGCCGUCAUUGCCGGAUUUUACGUCCUCCUCUUGGCCAACGAGAUUGCGCUCUUCUUCCAGAAGACUUGGGAAGAGACUGUCGACGCUGAGAACAUCAAGAAGCUCCGCCUCACCAGGUCGAUCAGCGACCAGGCCCGCUACGAUCUCACCCGGGCUAUCGAGGAGGGCUACUACCCCUCGGGCGUUACGUACCUGACGCUGAGACUCGAGGGCGAAUCCCAGAGCGAGAAGGCCGUUAGCAAGGACGACAUCCUCAAGAAGACGGCCAGCAUGGACGCCUCCAUCGCAGGCUCGUCUUCCAGCGAGAAGACGGCUGGCAAGAGGCUCAUGGAUGAGGAUUCCAUCGAACCAGUGCCCAUGAUACCCCCUAGCUUCAGACGCAACAGCGAGCGGUGGUCGUCGGCUGUGACCCUCAAGGACGCUGCCGGAGACGAUAUGAACGAGAAGGUCGGUGGCAAGGAGAACAACAAGAAGCGUGGCAGCGAGAGGUGGUCAAAUGCCAUGACGAUCAAGGAACCCACGGCUCUUCGUGACGGUCAUGAUAAGCGCGUGUCAAGCUUCGCCUCCCCGAUGGUCGCCGACAUUGACGAGAUCACACCCUUGGACCCUCCCUCCACCUCAUCAUCCAGAUACGAAGAUGAGCAUGCGGCGCAGAAAGCCAUGCUCCUUGACAGCCCCUUCCCAAUGAAGGAACUUCCCGACAGGCGCUCCUUUAUGCUCAAGCCCUCGCGCCCCAACACCGAGAGAUGGUCCAACGCCAUGACUCUGCGCGGCGAGCCGUCGUCCGGCAGCGGCAGCCAGGAGCCCUCGCCCAAGGAGCACAAGGAGUACAUGCCCGCGGCACCCCCGGCCGCGGCGACGGCCCCGACCACGCCGGAGCGCAAGGUCUCGGCCAGCGAGCGGAACAUGAUGAGGAGAUACUCUGACGCCUCCACGCGGUCCAUCAGGAGGUUCUCUGCACGCAGCGACCUCCGCGAGGCGGCGGCCACGGCGGCGGCGUUUGUGGAUGGCGAUGAGCCGCUCACCUCGCCCACGGAAGCGCAUCCUCUGCAGCCGAAUCACCACACGCCAUAAAUGAUCACCGCGAUGACACCACUACGAAUUCUCUUACCACCUUUACGCAAACUGUGUAUCCCAUCAUCUUCGAAUGCUUGAUAUGAGGGAGGCUAGUGUAUAAUGAAAAAAUAUGUAAAUCCAACCACAAGAUAGGUACCGGGUAAAGGCGUCAAUCGAUUGGGAUUUUAGAGCGGCCGCCGGUCAGGGAGGCGUUUGGGAUCGGGGUUUUCUCGUCUUCUUCGCUUGUAGGUAUCCCCCCCUUUUUCACUCAACUUUCCUUUUUUUCUCCCAUGUAAAACCACACACACUAUUUAAUGAGAUGUUGGGACAAAGUUUCAAAAGAAUAUUUCUUCUUUUUUUUUUCUUUUUCGCAAUAUAGAUCGAUUAGGAAAUAAAGGGGAAAUGCUGGAUGAUGAGUGGCUUAU